AUGCAUCUCCCAACUCCACCACAGUCACCCCAACCAGUCUCCUAUUGCGAUGCUCCAGAGGACAAGCUUGGGCUACUCCUAGCCAACCGACUAGAGCUUACCGGCAUACUGGGUGUAGGUGCUUAUGGAGUGGUAUAUUCUGCUAUCGACAUCCAGACAAAUACUCCAUAUGCCGUCAAGGCAUUGAACAAGGCCGGCCUGGAUCCCAGACAGCGAAAGUUCCAGCAACGGGAAAUCAAACUACAUCAUAUGGCCAGCCAUCAUCCCAACGUUGUUUCUUUGGUCCGCAUCAUGGAUUCUCAUGAUUGUACUUUUGUUGUUAUCGAGUUUUGUCCAGAGGGCGAUCUGUUUUCCAAUAUCACCGAACGAGGCCACUUCGUAGGAAAUGAUUUCCUAGCAAAGAGGGCCUUCCUCCAGAUUUUGGAUGCCGUUGAAUUCUGCCACAGCAUAGGGAUCUAUCACCGGGAUCUGAAGCCGGAAAACAUACUGGUGUCUGACCGUGGGAUGAACGUUAAGCUUGCGGACUUUGGCCUCGCAACAACAGACGCCUAUACAUCCGACUUUGGCUGUGGCUCUACGUUCUACAUGUCUCCUGUUGGAAUAGAAUGUCAACAAUCCACCCCAGCCGCGUAUGCUUCUGCCCCCAAUGACGUUUGGAGUCUUGGAGUUAUCCUGGUCAACUUGUCUUGCGGCCGCAACCCCUGGAAACGAGCUUCUCCAGAGGACCCUACCUUCUUGGCCUAUCUAAAGAACCCACAGUUCCUGAGGACAAUCCUUCCACUAUCCGUGGAACUCAAUGCUAUCCUGAGACGCAUCUUUGAAUGUGAUCCUCAAAAGAGAAUCACGAUCCCGGAGCUGCGCAAGUUGAUCCUGGAAUGCCCAAGGUUUACUGUCCGCCCAUCGGUCCCAAUCCUCUCCCCAGUGGUCACCCCUCCAACCCAGAGCUUACAGUGCCUCAAGGAGCCAGUAGAAUUUGUGCCAUUCAACAACUCUUACCCUCCAUCCUCACCAGCAGCAGAGCUCAUCGAACCACAAUACUCCAGUUCCGCUGUUUCAGACACCUCUUUGUCUGACGAUGACUCGGUCUCCUCAUGCUCGUCAACUGAAUCCAUCAGCAACUUCCAACAUCGCUUCGUCCCUGCUGUUAUCCCACCUAACUUUUGGGGCUCCUUUAUUCCUAUCAACCACCCCGGGCAGAAGCUGACCACACGACAUAGGCCUCUGGAGCAACCCAUGCCUAUCACCGUUCAAUCAUAA